AGAGGAGAUAAAGCAAUCCAACUCGGCUUUCUGCUCGCUGAGUAGUUGAAUAUUAAGAACUACUUCGUUUGAUCCAAGCUCUUUCUAGUUGACCGGUUUGUAUGGUGGGAGGAAAUUUUUUUUUUUGGGGGCUUCUGCUAUGUGUGCUUCUCUGGUUUUUAAGUGAUGAUGGCCGUGACAACGUCCUGCAAGGAGCGUAAAGCUGGAAUGGACAAUGGAAAGUAUGUCCGCUACACUCCUGAGCAGGUUGAAGCGCUUGAAAGGCUAUAUUAUGAAUGCCCCAAACCCAGCUCCAUUCGACGGCAACAACUGAUCAGAGAAUGUCCAAUUCUCUCCAGGAUUGAGCCCAAGCAGAUCAAAGUCUGGUUCCAAAAUCGAAGAUGCAGAGAGAAGCAGAGGAAAGAGUCUUCACGAAUCCAAGCUGUUAAUAGGAAGCUGACAGCAAUGAACAAGCUUUUAAUGGAGGAGAAUGACAGGUUGCAGAAGCAGGUGUCGCAGCUGGUGUAUGAGAAUGGCUACUUUCGCCAACACACUCAGAGUACGGCUAUUGUCACCACGGAUACAAGUUGUGAGUCGGUGGUGACCAGCGGUCAACACCAUUUGAAGCCUCAGCAUCCGCCGAGAGAUGCUAGCCCUGCUGGACUUAUGUCCAUUGCAGAGGAGACUUUGACAGAGUUUCUUUCGAAGGCCACUGGAACUGCUGUGGAGUGGGUCCAAAUGCCUGGGAUGAAGCCUGGUCCGGAUUCCGUUGGAAUCGUUGCUAUUUCUAAUCGUUGCACUGGAGUGGCUGCACGAGCCUGUGGCCUGGUGGGCCUAGAACCUGCAAGGGUUGCAGAAAUCCUUAAAGAUCGGCCUUCAUGGUUACGUGAUUGUCGAGCUGUGGAUGUGCUAAAUGUGCUGCCCACUGGAAAUGGUGGAACCAUUGAGCUGCUCUACAUGCAGCACUAUGCGCCAACAACAUUGGCACCUGCUCGGGACUUCUGGUUGCUGUGCUACACUUCUGUAUUAGAGGAUGGUAGUCUUGUGGUCUGCGAAAGAUCACUUCGCAACACUCAGGGGGGUCCAAGCAUGCCAGCAGUGCAACACUUUGUGAGGGCAGAAAUGCUGCCAAGUGGGUACUUGAUAAGACCCUAUGAAGGGGGUGGAUCAAUUAUUCAUAUUGUUGAUCACAUGGACUUAGAGCCAUGGAGCGUACCGGAGGUGUUACGCCUUCUGUAUGAAUCAUCAACAGUGCUUGCGCAGAAGACAACAAUGGCGGCUUUACGCCAGCUAAGGCAGAUUGCUCAAGAGGUUUCUCAUCCAAUUGUCUCUGGUUGGGGCAGACAACCUGCAGCCCUACGAGCACUUAGCCAGAGGCUUAGCAGGGGUUUCAAUGAAGCCCUUAAUGGUUUUACUAAUGAGGGAUGGUCUAUGAUGGGAAGUGAUGGCAUGGAUGAUGUUACGGUCCUCGUGAAUUCUUCUCCUGGGAAAAUAAUGGGUGUUAAUCUUUCCUAUGCAAAUGGAUUUCCAUCUGUCAGCACUGCUGUUCUUUGUGCCAAGGCAUCUAUUCUUUUGCAGAAUGUGCCUCCAGCAAUACUCCUCAGGUUCCUUCGGGGGCAUCGCUCGGAAUGGACAGACAACAGCAUUGAUGUUUACUCAGCUGCAGCUGUUAAAGCUGCUCCCUGUAGCUUACUGGGGUCUAGAAUUGGAAGUUUUGGUGGGCAGGUUAUCCUUCCAUUGGCUCACACAAUUGAGCAUGAAGAGUUUUUAGAGGUUAUUAAGCUUGAAAACAUGGGCAGCGGACAGGAUGAUACAAUUAUACCCAGGGACAUGUUUCUCUUGCAACUCUGUAGUGGGGUGGAUGAGAAUGCUGUAGGCACCUAUGCUGAGCUCAUUUUUGCUCCAAUUGAUGAAUCUUUUGCUGAUGAUGCACCUCUUUUACCAUCUGGUUUCCGUAUCAUCCCUCUUGACUCUCUGGUGGAUGCUGCCAGUCCAAAUCGCACACUGGACCUUGCUUCUGCUCUUGAGGUGGGACCUACUGGAAGUAGAGCAUCUGGUGACUAUUCUGGCAGCUGUGCUUCCAUGAGAUCCGUGAUGACAAUAGCAUUUCAGUUUGCAUUUGACAGUCACCUGCGAGAGAAUGUAGCAACCAUGGCACGACAGUAUGUCCGAAGCAUUAUAUCAUCCGUUCAAAGGGUUGCACUUGCUCUCUCCCCUUCUCGUCUCAGUUCUCAUGGUGGUCUCCGGUCCCCACCUGGCACUCCUGAAGCACAUACUCUUGCUCGGUGGAUCUGUCACAGCUAUAGGUGUUAUUUAGGGGCAGAGCUACUCAAACCUAGCAGUGAAGGAAGUGAAUCUAUUCUAAAAACCCUUUGGCACCACUCUGAUGCAAUUGUGUGCUGCUCAUUGAAGGCUUUGCCAGUUUUCACAUUUGCAAAUCAAGCAGGUCUUGAUAUGCUUGAGACAACCUUGGUCGCAGUGCAAGACAUUACUCUUGAAAAGAUAUUUGAUGAUCAUGGGAGAAAGACACUCUGCUCAGAGUUCCCACAGAUAAUGCAGCAGGGGUUUGCAUGCCUUCAAGGUGGUAUCUGUUUGUCUAGCAUGGGCAGGCCAGUUUCUUUUGAGAGAGCCGUUGGUUGGAAGGUGUUGAAUGAGGAAGAAAAUGCUCACUGUGUUUGUUUCUUGUUCGUCAACUGGUCUUUUGGUUGAACUUACAUAUCCAAUUAGGUGGGGUGGACACACAAUAGUGAACUCCUGAAUGACACAGCGUUUGUUUAGAGUAAGCUACCUUUUGUCUUUUUAAGAUUGGGCUUGAUGCUUUAACGGUCUGUUUACUAGCUCACUGGUACUCAUUUUCUUGUCUUGGAACACCUUGGUACCUCUAUAUUUCUCCAUUGCAUGCUUUGCCUUUUCAAGUUUAUCAGUUUAUUUUCUG